AUGGCCUUGACCCGGCACAUCUCGAGACAGGAAAAUGAGCUCGUGCUUGCACCGCUGCGAACCCCCAGUAUCCAUGGCCUCAAAGCAAGGUUCGCGCCGUUUCAUGCUCCCAACACGCCAGAUUCCAGAAUCAUCAAUGAUCGCUUCAACCCACGGCGAUUCAAACUGCUAGCCAAGUACUCGAAAGUGGCGCCGGAUACGCUCAAAUGGACGGUCAUCUCAAGUGUGAGCACCAAAACAAUCCCCAUGGCGGUGAUGCGGAACCGUAUGAAGCGCAGAUGGGCAAAUGCCUUUGCAGACGCUCUGAGAAGCAAUGGCUACCAUGUGAAUGGGCGUAGUCUCGAUGGCCCUAAGGAUGGCAAAGGAUACAGAGUCGGGCUUUAUGGCACGGUCGAGAUCCAUGCUUAUGCUAAGAGCGGCCUUACCCUAGAGUACGCCGACCUUGUUUCUUCGUCCACCAUCCUGGUCAGAGCACUCCAACAACAAGUUCAGAAAGUAAAGCCCAGGCUUUCCAGCCCGGCGUUGAGCGUCGAGGAAAGAGCUGGGAGACGGUCGACAUGGUCGACAUGGGAUGGGAAUGAGUAG